AUGGGUAUGUGGAGUUGUGAUAUCGAGAACUGCGGCAAGACCUCUGACGAAAAAAACUACGAUCCUGCGGCUGUCCGAGCGGAACAAGAGGAAGUAGCCAAACUUCUUGCCAAAAUCAACGUUGCCGCGCUCACAUCUCGAGCCAGCUAUUUGCGCAAUGGCAUCGGCUGUUCCAUAUUGCAGAAGCUUCAAUAUGAUCCGUCAACGCGGAACUCAGUCAUGGGCGGUAUGAAUUAUCAUGUCGAGAUUUCGUUUGAGGAUGGCAUCUCCUGGCUGGCGCGCAUUCGGAGAUUCAAUGUUACUUCUCCCCCACUGAAGCUGCAGGAAUUCAUAAUGCGCAGUGAGGUUGCCACACUUGAAUUCUUGAGAGAAACGAAAAUUCCCGCUCCGAAGGUGUUUGACUUCUGCUUGGAUGAAGCGAACCCUGUUGGUGUUCGGUACAUUCUCAUGGAAAAAAUGCCUGGGAAAUCUCUCUCCUGGUCCGAUGCUACCAAAGAGCAACGAAUGAAGGUUAUAGAUCAGCUUGCUGAUAUCUAUGUUGAGCUGCAAGCUCACCCCUUUGCCAUGAUGGGCUCUUUGGAUAAAAUUGGUUCUAAAUUUGUUAUUGGGCCGUUUGCGAGAGAGUCCCUGGCCGACUUUGGAAAGUCCGGCUUGGAAAUGCUCGGACCGUUUUCCUCUUUGGAAGAAUAUUACAGUGCACACAUUGAAUUGAUUUUGGACUUGAUUGUGCGGCAAGAGGCCUAUGCAAACCGUCCAGUGGACGCCUUUUUGAUACAUCUUUAUCUCCAGGAAAACAUUCUUGCAAUUCUCCCAGAUGCUAGCCUAGAUGACGGAAAGUUCUAUUUGAAGCAUGCGGACGAGAAAGGGGAUCAGAUUCUGGUUGAUGACCAGUUUCGAAUUACAGGCAUUAUUGACUGGGAGUGGGCCCACACGGGUCCCAAAUCUGCAGUUUUCAAUUCGCCCAUUGUUCUCCUUCCACUUGCCGAAUUUUACGAAGGGGGAAAUUGCCUAGGUGGCGAAGAAUUGGCUUUUUCCCACUUGCUCGAAACAAAGGGGCAUCCAGAUCUUGGGGACAUAGUCAAGAAGGGGCGGCUUCUUCACCGCUUGCAAUUUUGCUGCGGUUAUGACCUUCCUGACUGGAAUGGGUACAAGGACAUCUUUAUGGGACUUGUCAGGGCCUUGCGCAACGAUGGAGAUUCGAACAUCCUGGAUUAUGAAACCUGGAAGGCAGAGGCCAUGGAGCGGUACCGUUCUGAUCAUAGACUGAAAGGUCUUUGCAGUUUGCAAAUGUAG